GACUGAGGAGAAAGCAAACCACACACAUUCUCCACCUUUAUCCUCGUUCUCUCUCCCAAGGCUCAACACCCAGCUUCUUUCCUACAAAAUUUUGCUGGAAAGAAGAACAGAGCAAAGAAAGAGGAGAUGGCAAGUUGCACAGUCCACACUGUUCCUUCCCUCCAUUCCUGCUCCAUCUCAAGGCCAGCUGCCAAGACCUACAACUUUGGCUUCAGCCAAAGGCAUCAUCAGUUUAUCUUCUUCCACAGUGGAAGGAAGAGCGCUUUUGUGUGCUCUGCCGAGAAGACAGUGGUGAUAGGGCUGGCAGCAGACUCAGGGUGUGGCAAGAGCACCUUCAUGAGGAGGCUGACCAGUGUGUUUGGGGGAGCAGCAGAACCGCCCAAGGGAGGGAAUCCAGACUCCAAUACCUUGAUCAGUGACACCACCACUGUCAUAUGCCUUGAUGACUACCACUCCCUGGACAGGACCGGAAGGAAGGAGAAGGGGGUGACUGCAUUGGACCCAAGGGCCAACAACUUCGACCUCAUGUAUGAGCAGGUGAAGGCUAUCAAGGAUGGAGUGGCCGUGGAGAAGCCCAUCUAUAACCAUGUAACUGGUCUACUGGAUCCCCCUGAGCUCAUCAAGCCACCCAAGAUCCUGGUCAUUGAAGGAUUGCACCCUAUGUACGAUUCCCGUGUGAGGGAUCUCUUGGACUUCAGCAUCUACUUGGAUAUCAGCAACGAGGUCAAGUUUGCAUGGAAAAUUCAGAGAGAUAUGGCAGAACGAGGACACAGCCUUGAAAGCAUCAAAGCCAGCAUUGAAGCCCGAAAACCUGAUUUUGAUGCUUACAUCGAUCCACAGAAGCAAUAUGCUGACGCUGUGAUUGAAGUCCUACCAACGCAAUUAAUCCCUGAUGACAAUGAAGGGAAGGUGUUGCGCGUGAGGUUGAUCAUGAAAGAAGGGGUGAAGCACUUUGCUCCCGUCUACCUCUUUGAUGAAGGCUCCACUAUUUCUUGGAUUCCUUGCGGCAGGAAACUCACUUGCUCCUACCCUGGCAUCAAUUUCUUCUAUAGCCCUGAGACAUAUUUCUCCAACGAGGUCUCAAUGUUGGAGAUGGACGGGCAGUUUGAGAGGUUAGACGAGCUGAUCUAUGUGGAGAGCCAUCUUAGUAACUUAUCGACUAAGUUCUACGGCGAGGUAACGCAACAGAUGUUGAAGCACUCAGACUUCCCAGGCAGCAACAAUGGCACUGGUCUCUUCCAAACCAUUGUCGGAUUGAAGAUCAGAGAUUUGUAUGAGCAAAUCGUUGCUGAGAGGGCAGCAGCUUCGGUUGCAGCAGCUAAACUUUGAGAGGAUAAAGAAGCAUUUCCUCCAUGAUUACAUCAGUUGCAAUUUUCCAAUUCUAUAGAAGAUUAAUUAAAUAGAUGUAAUUAAAUGUUGCAAUUAUUCUUACUCCCAAAAGGGAAAAAAAAAUCUUCGCAAUUAUUCCAAACUAUUUAUCCAAUAGAUGCUUUUGAGUUCC